AUGUUGAGGGAUAUCAAUGACCUUUUAGAAAUUUCUUCUAGGAUUAACCAAAUCACUAAAGAAAGAGAUGAAUUAUCUAGAAAGGUACAGAAUGCCAAUGGUUCUCAAUCGAUAGAUAAUGGUGAAUUAGAGAAAUAUCGAGGCAUAUUAGAUGAUAUUACAUCUCAGGAGUUGUCACAAGAAAAUAUUGAGGAAUUGAAGGGCAAAUAUGGUAAUUUGCAAGUUUUUAUAGAACUAGAAACCUUAAUAAACGAAAAGGUCAAAUCAGAACUUAACCUCUCAGAAUUAGAUAAAAUAGACGAUAUUAUCAAUACAUUGAUUAUUGAUGGAUUUGUAGAUGUGGAAUACGAGAGAAUUGAAGAUUUGAAUCAACAACUGCUGAAGAUUAAGUCUUCUUUAGAAAAUUCUAAUAAUGAAUUGGAGAAAAAUCGUACUGAAAGUGUAAUAAUUAACUUUAACGAUUCAUUAUUGGCAAAUAUAAUCAAUCCAUUAAAGGAGGAAUUUGAUGGAGUAUUGUUGGAAUCUAAAUGGGAUACGAAAGAGUUUGUACCUGCAUCAACAAUGGAAAUUUUAAAAUUGCGUAAGAUGUCAACCAAUUUAUACAAAUAUGCACAACUUUAUAUCGGAAAAGACAUUGAAAGAAGAUUGGUUAGUUUUGAUUCGAUUGCCCAUAAUUUUAAAGUUAGAUUCACAUUUCAUUUCCAUGAAUCAUCACAAAUGAAGAUGGAAACAUAUUUUGAAUUCUUAAAUUAUUAUAUUUCAGAGAAUCUGUAUAAAUGUAUCAACAUAUUUUAUGAUACUCCUAAUGGUAUUUCUCCUCAAUUAGUGCACGAACAAUUUAUUAACCAUAUUUUACAACCCAUCAGAGAAAAGAUCAAUGUAUCUUUAUCCUCUGAGAAGGAUUUAAGGACUGUAGUGAGACUAAUUUCGCAAAUCUUAGCCACAGACAAGAAUUUAUGUAAUAAUUUCCAAUACCAAGGUGUCAGUUUAGCAUCAUUGGUCAAUGCGAACAUUUGGGAGAAUUGGGUUAAAUAUCGUGUUGAAGUCACUAAUAAACAAUUUGAUGUCAUAACUGAAAAUCCAAAAUUAUUGAAAAAUUCUAGUAACGAUUUUAUUACGUUGUUAAACAAAGUUUUAGAAUACCUUGGUCCAUUCUACGAACUUGACUACCAACCAUUGGAAACUUUCAAAUUACAAACAUGUUCACAAAUUUUUUUAAAUUUAUCAUCGAAAUAUUUAGAAUAUGUUUUAGUAACAGAUUACCUAGGCGAUGAAUCACGUAACAAAGAAGAUGAAUUGGUACAAACCAUUACUAAACUUGAAUGUUUAAGUCAAGUAUCACGUAAAUUGAAAGAAAUAUCCAAGAGGGUCACAUUUAUCAGACUGACCGAUACUGUUAAUCAAUCUGAAUCACAGAAUUUCACAUCCAUUUAUCAAAAUACCAUCCAUGAUUACGAGAAAAACAUCAAUGAUGAUAUCAGGGCAUCCAUCAUCCAUAGAAUUCAAAAAAUGAUUAAAGAAUCUUUGAAGAAUUAUUUUAAAAUUUCAAGCUGGAGCAGUACAAAUAUCACAAGUGGCAGCGGUAGUAUAGAAGAUAUUUCAAUUUCAACAUCAUCUGAAUUAGUAAACUCAGUAAGAUUAUUAACAAGGUUAAUACAUUACCUGGACACUUCAGAAAUCCAAACCAACAUAAUACUAUCAAUAAAACACGAAAUAUUAAAUAGAUUAGUGACGUACUUCAUCGAAUCAAUAUUGAAAUUAAAUAAAUUCAAUCAAUUCGGUCUAUUGCAAUUUGAACAGGACUACAACACACUAAAAGAAUCAAUAAAUCUACCACAAGAUACAAUCAACUACGAUGACAAACUAUUAAACGAAACAUUAAAAAUAUUGAGAUUGAAAUACGAUUCAAAUGCUUCAAAUUUCAUUACAAAGCAAUAUAUCAAAAAUUCCAACUUCAACGAUCUGAAAGCUUAUUUAAGCCUAUCAAUUCUAAAAGAUACUGAUAUAGUAGAUGCAUUGUAUAGAAUAACUUAUGGAAAUAUCAUAUAG